UGUCAUAUACGAAUUUAAUUUAAAAGUGUUCCACUUGUACAUAAGCCGGCAAAGUUGCCAUCUCAGAAUGUAUCUAAAGAAACGACGUCGUUUUUCUUUUGAAUUAGAGGUUACGCCAAAGAAACCGGACUGGUUCAACGGCCAUGGCUGAGACCAAUUCCAGUUUCUUAUUGUAUUCUUCUUCGAUUGACAAAAGCUGGCAAAAAAACAAAAGAAUGGUUGAACAUCUUCACAACACAACGCACUCAUUCAAAGUUAGUUACAGAGAAUCUAACACCAGAUGUCCUUGUGCUUUCUGUCCAACUUAAUUUCCUUGUUCCAAAUUCCAGUUCUUGAUUUAUCAUUAACAGAUCUUUUAUCGAAGGAAAAUCGAUUGAAGGAAAGUUCUUACGCCAGUUGAAGUACAAGAAGAACUAUCUGGAGGUAAGGUGCAGAAGAUUGAAGACUGAGGCUUUUGCUGCAGCUGUUGAGGUUUUCUGGGUAUCCCUGUUGAGAAUUAAUCUUUCCAGGGCUUCUUAUGGAACAAUUCAGGCAGGUUGGAGAGGUUAUAGGAAGCUUGAAUGCUCUAAUGGUGUUGAAAGAGGACAUCCGAAUCAAUAAACGGCAGUGCUGUUUACUUCUAGACAUGUUCAAUUUAGCCUUCUCUACCAUUGCAGAGGGCAUCAAGCUUUUCCUGAAAUCAGAAGAGAAAAACACCAAGUGGAGAGCUCUUGAACAGCCCUUGAGAGAGCUUCAUAAGGUGAUUAAAGAAGGAGAACUCUAUGUCAGACAAUGCUUGGAUGACAAAGACUGGUGGGGCAAAGCCAUUACUCUUCAUCAGAACAGAGAUUGCGUUGAAUUUCAUAUUCACAAUUUGCUGUGCUACUUCCCCGCUGUGAUUGAGGCCAUUGAAGCAGCCGGUGAAAUUUCAGGGCUUGACCCAGAUGAAAUGCAAAGAAGGAGAGUGGCACUUGCAAGAAAAUAUGACAGGGAAUGGAAUGACCCGAAACUUUUCCAUUUGAAAUUCGGGAAGGAAUAUUUGAUCCCUCGAGAAAUUUGCAGUCGUUUUGAAAGUUCCUGGAAAGAAGAUAGAUGGCUUCUUAUUGAAGAACUCAAGCAGAAGAGAAGAUUGGGAUCUGUUGUUUUAACAAAGAAUGAGCAGCGGCUUGUAGACAUGCUACUCAAGAAACUAGAUGAACCAGAGGAUUGUAAAGGGCAACUCUUUCCUACUUCAACUUUGUUAGGAGGGAAGGAUUACCAAGUAAGAAGGCGGAUAGGUGGAGGAGGCCAGUAUAAGGAAAUUAUAUGGUUGGGGAAUGGUUUUGCCAUAAGGCAAUUUUAUGGUGAGAUUGAUGAAUCAUUAAAUUCUGAAAUUGCUAAUCUUCUCUCAAUAUCCCACCCCAACAUUGUGCAGUAUCUUUGUGGGUUUUAUGAUGAAGAGAAGAAAGAAAUUGUUCUUGUUAUGGAGUUGCUUAGCAAGGAUCUAUGCUUGUACAUGAGGGAAACUUUUGGCUCAAAGAGGCGAAGUUCAUUUUCCCUUCCUAUUGUGGUUGAUCUUAUGCUUCAGAUUGCAAGAGGUAUGGAGUUUCUUCAUUCACAAAGGAUUUAUCAUGGUGAAUUAAAUCCUUCAAAAAUUUUCCUCAAACCAAGGAUUUCAACGGAAGGCUAUUUUCAUGUAAAAGUUUCUGGUUUUGGUUUGCCUUCUGUUAAAAGUUAUGCAUCUCAACGCUCAGUCCCACCGCCACUGUCAAACCAACAUGUAGCAGACCCUUGUAUUUGGUUCGCCCCUGAAGUUCUAGCUGAGCAAGAGGAGGGAGGUACCUUGAUUUAUAAGUAUUCAGAGAAGGCAGAUGUUUAUAGUUUUGGAAUGCUUUGUUUUGAGCUUUUAACCGGGAAAGUUCCUUUUGAAGAUGGACAUCUUCAAGGAGACAAAAUGGUAAGAAAUAUAAGAGCAGGAGAAAGGCCACUUUUCCCAUCAGGUUAUCCAAAAUAUAUUGUCAACCUAACCAAAAAAUGUUGGCAUCCAACUCCUUCUCAGCGCCCAAGUUUCUCAUCGAUUUGUCGAAUUUUACGUUACAUCAAGAAGUCCCUUGUGAUGAACCCAGAACAUGCUCAGUCUGAGUUUCAAUCCCCACUUGCAGAUUAUUAUGACAUAGAGGCAGGAUUUUUGAGGAAGUUUGUGUUGGAGAGGAGUUAUGAUGAGAUAUCUAUCACACAAAUCCCAUUUCAAUUGUUUUCUUAUAGGAUAUCAGAAAAAGAGAAGGCUAUUUUGAACAAUAAAGAUACGCAUUUAGAAUUAGGUAGUGAUGCAGUCUCAAUCUGCAAAGAUCGUUGUGCUUCUGUAGAUGCAAUUAUGUUAGCAAAUGAAAUGGCUUCUGAUGUGAAGUCAGUCUGCUUUGAUAUGAGAUCUGUUUACACAGAGAUUCCGGGCAAAAAUGUUUCUCAAUUUGAUACGAGGUCAGUUCAUUCUGAGGCUCCAAGGAAGAAAAUUUCUAGUUCUGAAUUUAGGCCAUUUUCUCCUGAGUUUCCAUCCAAGAAUGCUUCAAGAUGGAUUGCAAGCAGGGCUCUGGCAAAUAACUUUCCUAGUCCUGAUACCAAGUCAGUUGAUUCCAAGACAACAGAAAAGACCGUUUCGGGUCCUGAAACGAAGUCAGGUACUUUCAACGCUCAGGACAAGAAAAUUUCGAGUUCUGAUACAAAGUCAGCUUGUUCCAGGAAGAUGGAAAAUCAAGUUAAAGUGGUCAAGAAAGCCACAUAUAUAAAAGUAAAAAAAUCUGCAGGCACAGGGGUACCAAAAGCACAACCAGCAAGACCGAAUGUGAAAGCACAAACACAAAAAGAAUCACCAGCAGAAACGCAGUCACCAAAACCAUCACCGAUGCAAUCACCCAGAUCAACAACGUCAACAACAACACCACGAUCAACAACAUCAUUGACAAAAAAGUGGUCACCAAGGUCACCAUUUAUAGCAGGAGGGUGUAGUUUUAAGAUAGGCCAAGAGAUCAAGAGUCCUUUAAGCACCAGAACAUGGAGAUCAUUGGCUAAUUCCUCCAAGUCUUCCACAGCAUAGUCCUUGGCCUUGCAUGUAAAUUUUGUAAACAAUGUAGAAAUUCGCUGCAUACCAGGUAUGGCCUUCUGUUCUACACCUCCUAAAUACUUGGUCGUUCGAGAAUUAGAGAGGUAGAAGCAAUGUAACUUUGUCAUCGGUAUGCAUACUUGUAAUUUUACCCCAUUUUUUCUAUGAUAGUCUCUAUUGUUUACAUUGA